AUGGGGGCCACCGAUGAUGUUGAGGCCUACUUGUAUGCCUUCGAAGCAACAGCCACUAGGGAAGGAUGGCCGAAAGCCCAAUGGGUUGGACUGCUAGCCCCAUUUUUAACGGGGGAAGCAUUGAAUUCCGUGCGAGACCUACCCCCUGACAAAAUUACGGACUAUGAUGCUCUGAAGUUGGAGAUAUUCAGCAGGCAUGGGCUUACCAAGUUUGGCAUGGCCCAGCGCUUCCAUGGCUGGACCUUCCAAGUGGACCAAGCUCCCCGUGCACAGAUGCACGAACUUUCCAGAAUUGCAAGAAAAUGGCUGGAACCGGAGAAAAACACAGCUGCUGCAGUGGUGGAGACCAUUGUGGUAGAUCACUUCCUCCGAGCCCUGCCAUAUGAGGCUAAACGGUUCAUUAGCCAACAGGCCUUAACCACAGCUGCAGUUACCAUUGAAGCUGUGGAGAAAUACCAGGCCACAACAGAAAUGCUCCGUGCGACCAAGAGAGACCCCAGGACAACAACCCCGCAGCCGACAGUGGGGGUGCGUCCAAAAACCACGAAGGGUACCAGUCCAUCUGCAGCAGCACCUAGCUAUGCUCCAUUGGGGGCCAGAAGACAGUCAGGUCUGGUUAGAAUGUCUCGGGAUAGUGAAACCAGAGAAUGCUACCGCUGUGGGGAGAUAGGACACAUGUCGUGUCAGUGCCAAAAAAUCCUAGACGAGCCCAUGCCCACUGCUGGCUCCUCCAGCUCCCCCUCCACCCAGCUAUUCGCAUCACUCGUUGGGGUCGCAGAUGGGCCCCCAGAUCGACCCCCCACCUGCCCUGUAACGGUCAAUUGCCAUGACGUAGAGGCGUUGUUGGACUCCGGAAGUCGGGUAACCUUGGUGCAUAAGGACCUAGUGGAUCCCUCGUGUCUCUCCACUGACAAAGUCCUUCCGAUCUCAUGCGUCCAUGGAGACACCAAGGAUUAUCCCACCACUGAACUCAAGGUGACAACCACCAGGGGGAUAAUACACACUAGGGCAGGGGUGGUUGAGUCUCUCCCUGUUCCUGUUCUGAUUGGGCGAGACUGCCCCUCCUUCGACCUGCUGUUUAGGGAGACACAGCAGAGGCCAGCUAGAGUACCCCGCAGUCGGAGAGGAAUGACAGGCCCCCAGGCCGACACAGACAGUGGCCCGGACACGGAAGAAGAGAAUGCAGCUCCGGAAAGUUCUCCAAACUCCGAGGAAGACGCCCCGGCCAUUGAGGAGCUCCCCAAUCUCACAGGCCAGUAUGGUACUGCUCAAUUGCAAGAGCCCACAUUUGCAAAUGCCCUAAGAAAUGUGCAGGUGCUAGAGGGUCGUGAAAGAGAAUGA